CAAAAUUACCAGGAUGUUAGGAAGUAUGAAGAGUUAUAUGAACUGCUUGGUUGUUAUUUUGUUGACUUUUUAUGGAGUAGACGGUGCUGAAAAUGGUACUGAGGUGAGCGAGGCACGAGGGCCCGUAAAAUACGCAUUACUGAGUCAUUUCGCCUACACCGUGGUGACCAAGUUGGUCGUCCUCAAAAUAGUCUACGGUUUCAUCCUCGCCGCCCUACUCUUCAAAGCAUGGAAGUUCGUUCUCUGGUUCAUCCACUACCUCAAGGAAACGAAACGGGAACCUCACAUAGAAAUAGAACACGAUUAUGGUCAUGAUUUUGGCCACCAUGACUAUGGUCAUCAUGAUUUUGCUCACCAUGACUAUGGUCAUCAUGAUUUUGGUCACCAUGACUAUGGUCAUGAUUUUGGUCAUCAUAGUUAUGGCCAUCAUGACUUUAAACAUCAUGAUUAUGAGCAUGAGCCUUACCAGGGGCAUACUUCUUAUGGGAAAGAUGAUUAUUAUCAACAAAAGAAGAAGGGGAUCUAUGAUUCUGAUGGGUCUUAUUCUGUGAAAGGGGCUAGUUAAC